GCACCCUACCGUCUCUGAUCCCAACCACCGUCCCAGAUCCGACCCGCUAAAGAGAUCCUUCCCUGAAAAUUCGUUUGAUUCGCAUUUUCCCCUGUUCCAUUUAUCUUCUUCUUCUUCUUCUUCGUCCUCAUCCACUGUUUGGGCUCAAGCUUUUUCCAGGCACGUCAUCUUCGUCCUUCUUCUGGAGUGCCUUAGUCCAGAGGUUUUCCGGACAUUUUAGUUGGAAAAAAGGAUGGAAGAUACCGAGGCCAUGAAUUCAGACGGCUUAAAGAACCGACCCUUAACUCCGUUAAGGAUGCUGAGGGGUCUGAUGAUUUUAGUUGUGUUUCUGUCUACUGCUUUUACGUUCUUGGUCUACUUCUCGCCUGUAGCUGUUGUUGGUCUCCGGCUUCUGAGCGUGCACCAAUCUAGAAAAGUUACAUCCUUCAUCUUUGGCCUCUGGCUCGCUUUGUGGCCGUAUCUGUUUGAAAAGAUUAACGGGACUAAGGUUGUUAUGUCUGGAGACAGAAUUCCGCAAGAUAAACGGGUUUUGGUCAUUGCAAACCACAGGACGGAAGUCGAUUGGAUGUACUUGUGGAACAUUGCCUUGAGAAAAGGGUGCCUUGGCUACAUCAAAUACGUGCUCAAGAGCAGCUUAAUGAAAUUGCCCAUUUUUGGCUGGGGUUUUCAUAUUCUGGAGUUUAUCCCGGUAGAGAGGAAGAGAGAAAUCGAUGAACCUGCCUUGCUUCAAUCUCUCUCGACUUUUAAGAAUCCUCAAGAUCCAUUGUGGCUCGCCCUAUUCCCAGAAGGAACUGAUUUCACCGAAGAAAAAUGCAAGAGAAGCCAAAAAUUUGCGGCUGAAGUUGGGCUCCCGACAUUAACAAAUGUGCUUUUACCAAAAACAAGGGGCUUUGGCGUUUGCCUGGAAGUUUUGUGGAACUCUUUGGAUGCUGUCUAUGAUUUGACGAUAGCGUACAAGCCUCGGUGUCCAUCUUUCUUGGACAACGUAUUUGGCACUGCUCCUUCAGAGGUUCACAUUCAUGUCCGGAGAAUUUCAGUAAAGGAGGUUCCGGCAGGCGACCCAGAGGCUUCUGCUUGGUUAAUCGAUUCCUUUCAUUUGAAGGACAAACUGCUCUCGGAUUUCAAAUCCCAGGGUCAGUUCCCUAACCAAAGACCAGAGGAUGAACUCUCUAUGCCGAAAUGCGUCACGACUUUUGCAGUGGUAAUUUCGUUGACAGCGUUAUUCAUUUAUCUGACGUUUUCUUCCUGCAUUAUUUUUAAAGUAUACGUCUGUCUAAGCUGCACAUAUUUAGCUUGUGCGACCUAUUAUAAGUUCCGACCCUCGCCUCUCCUUCGUUGUUUGACGGGAGAUUUUUGCAAAGAAGUAAAAACCCAUUAGCAUUUCUGUACAUUCAUUCAUCCAUUGCAUACAAAGAAAUAAUCUGAAGGAUCCACAGCCUAAAA